GAACCAAAUUGCUGAGCCUGUCACCUGUGUUCUGGGAGCCGAACCAGAAAAAUCGUCCUCAGGCAUGGCAGACUUACCUACCCCACUCACCAACUUGAAGAUUCAAUACACCAAGAUCUUCAUAAACAAUGAAUGGCAUGAUUCAGUGAGCGGCAAGAAAUUCCCUGUCCUUAAUCCUGCCACUGAGGAGCAAAUAUGCCUGGUUGAAGAAGGAGAUAAGGCAGACGUUGACAAGGCUGUGAAAGCAGCAAGACAGGCUUUUCAGAUUGGCUCUCCAUGGCGUACUAUGGAUGCUUCCGAGAGGGGACGACUACUCUUAAAGUUGGCUGACUUAAUUGAAAGGGAUCGCCUGCUGCUGGCAACUAUGGAGUCACUGAAUGCUGGAAAACUGUUUCCCAAUGCAUAUCUGAUGGAUUUAGGAGGUUGCAUAAAAACCCUACGCUACUGUGCAGGUUGGGCUGACAAGAUCCAGGGCCGCACAAUGCCGAUGGAUGGAGACUUUUUUUGUUACACAAGACAUGAACCUGUUGGUGUAUGUGGCCAAAUCAUUCCUUGGAAUUUCCCGUUGGUUAUGCUCAUUUGGAAGAUAGGGCCUGCCCUGAGCUGUGGAAACACGGUGAUCGUGAAACCUGCAGAGCAAACGCCCCUCACUGCUCUUCAUGUGGCGUCUUUAAUAAAAGAGGCUGGGUUUCCCCCUGGCGUGGUGAACAUUGUCCCUGGUUAUGGGCCGACUGCAGGGGCAGCCAUUUCUUCCCACAUGGACAUAGACAAAGUUGCCUUCACAGGAUCAACAGAGGUUGGCAAAUUGAUCAAAGAAGCUGCUGGGAAGAGCAACCUGAAGAGGGUGACCCUGGAGCUCGGGGGGAAGAGCCCCUGCAUUGUGUUUGCUGAUGCUGACUUGGACAAUGCUGUUGAGUUUGCACACCAAGGGUUGUUCUACCAUCAGGGCCAGUGUUGUAUAGCUGCAUCCAGGCUUUUUGUGGAGGAAUCAAUUUACGAUGAGUUUGUUCGGAGGAGUGUUGAGCGGGCUAAGAAGUAUGUUCUUGGAAAUCCUCUGGCCCCAGAAGUAAACCAAGGCCCUCAGAUUGACAAAGAACAAUAUAGUAAAAUACUUGACCUCAUUGAGAGUGGGAAGAAAGAAGGGGCCAAACUGGAAUGUGGUGGAGGCCCAUGGGGGAAUAAAGGCUACUUUAUCCAGCCCACAGUUUUCUCCAAUGUGACAGAUGAGAUGCGCAUUGCCAAAGAGGAGAUAUUUGGACCAGUUCAGCAAAUCAUGAAGUUUAAAUCUCUAGAUGAUGUGAUCAAGAGAGCAAAUAACACUACAUAUGGCUUAUCAGCCGGAAUCUUUACCAAAGACCUCGAUAAAGCCAUAACAGUGUCCUCCGCUCUGCAGGCGGGAACAGUGUGGGUGAAUUGCUACAGCGUGUUAUCUGCCCAGGUCCCCUUUGGUGGAUUCAAGAUGUCUGGAAAUGGACGAGAACUGGGAGAAUAUGGUCUCCAACAAUAUACAGAGGUCAAGACGGUCACAGUGAAAAUCUCACAGAAGAACUCAUAAAGGAAUUUCUCAGAGAGACGACUCUGCAAUGGCUACACAUCAGCAGCAGUCACAAAUAGAAUGUGUUUUAGACCUUCAAUUGUUCUGUUCCUGAUUUUCUUUAACAUAAACUAAUCACAUUAGUGUUAAUGCUGCACAAUAAAGUCUUGAUAGGCAGCUUAUUGGAAGAAUCAUUUGCUUUCUGCUAUGUGACCCCCGGGUCCUAGGCUAAAUAGAAAGCACAGAUUUAGAUACAAGCUCUCUGUAGCUCUGUCAUAGUCAUGUGCUUUUUUUUUUUUUUUUUUGGUAGCUACUUAUUCAGGAAAAUCACUUUAUAGAAGAGAACCAGUAGUCAUUUAGCCUCUUUCCCUUAAUGACUCCUUCAAGAGCUUAACAUAGACAAUAACUGCAGAGCAAGUUGCUCUGUUCCCAAUAGUUAUGAAGACCUCAGUGUUCUGAGAUAGUUCCUAGAAUGCCCUGUCUGCUUGUCGAAUGAGUAAUGCCUGCAGUAUUCAGCUGUAAUCUGAAUAGAAAGCUUAAUAAAAACAACCUAGCAUGA